AUGGCGCUCGAACAAACAUUGUUCCUGGACAGCGCAAUUCGCGACUGGGUCUUGAUCCCCAUCCUGCUGGUCAUGAUCCUCGUCGGUGUAUUGCGACACAAUGUCAUCUCGCUCCUCAAUUCGGCACCCAAGAGCAUCCCUGCUCCUGCACUUCGCGAGCAACGAGUGAUGGCAAGAGCUGGCGCUUUGAGACAGAAUUACUUCCAGCUUCCACCCACUUCGUUUACUUCUCGCAAAGCGUUCCUCACUGAAGCGCUCUCCAACGGCUCAUACCUGCAACCCAAGCCAAAGGAGGAGAAGGAAGGACCCAAGAACCCAUUCGAGCCUGCAGGAGGUAUGGACAAUAUGAUGGACGGAAUGAAGAAGCAGAUGGUCAUGAUGAUUCCACAGACUGUUAUCAUGGGUUGGAUCAACUUUUUCUUCUCCGGCUUUGUUUUGCUCAAACUCCCGUUCCCAUUGACACUGCGAUUCAAGGUGAUGCUGCAGCGUGGUAUUGAGACUCCCGAUCUCGAUGUCACUUGGGUCUCCUCGCUCAGCUGGUACUUUUUGACGCUGUUUGGUCUCAAUGCUGUUUACCGACUCGUCCUCGGUGAUGACAAUGCCGCCGACGGAACUCGCGACAUGGCCGCAAUGUCAGGCGCUGCCGCUCCCAUGCAAGCCAUGAACCCGGCAGCACCAGGACAAGCCCCCGACUUUGAAAAGCUCCACCACGCUGAGCGCGACAACCUCGAACUUGUCGGUCUGGAAGACUCCAAGAUUCGUUGGAUUGGAGACGGCAUUGAGGACCGUGUUCUUGCGCUCUACUCGUAG